ACGCGGCGCGGAGAGGGCGGGCGGUGGGAGCGCGGUCCUCUAUAUGCCGGCGGAUCUGUCGGGCCUGGCUGUCCGGCUCUAGGGCUCGGCCGCCGCCGCCCGCCCCCGUGGGGUCUUCUGCAAGGGGCUGACUCGCAAGCUGCUGUCUUCUUCGAUCUGGCCUGGCGGCUGCGCAUCAACUUCCCCUACCUCUACAUGGUGGCUUCCAUGAUGCUCAACGUCCGCCUGCAGGUUCAUAUUGAAAUCCCUUGAAGGCCCUCCCGGACUGACGAAGGCGUGACCUCAGGCCCACCGCAUCCAAAAACACGAAGCAUGAGGGACAGAAGAGGGCCCCUCGGCACCUGCCUGGCUCAAGUACAGUGGGCCGGAGGAGGUGACUCGGACAAACUAUCAUACAGCCUUAAGAAAUGAAUGCCGACGGAGGGCCCUUGGCCUGCAGAUGCACCCUCCUGGAUGAAUAAGCCUGCGGUUGAUGGAAAUUCACAGAGUAAGGCAUUAUCACUGGAAAUGAGAAAGGAUCCGAGCGGGGCUGGCCUCUCGCUUCCCAGUGGCGGCCCAGCUCUUCCAUAUGUGAAAGAAUCAGCAAGAAGAAAUCCAGCCUCAGCAGCCACUCCGAGCGCAGCCGUGGGUUUGUUCCCUGCUCCAACAGAGUAUUUUGCUCGGGUGUCCCGCAGUGGUGUUGAAGCUCUGGGGCGGGACUGGCUGGGAGGAGGGCCCAGGGCCACCCACGGCCACAGAGGACAGUGCCCCAAAGGAGAGCCUCGGGUGUCACGACUGCCACGCCAUCAAAAACUGCCGGAAAUGGGAAGUUUUCAGGAUGACCCACCAAGUGCUUUUCCCAGUGGUCUGGGCUCUGAGUUGGAACCCUCUUGCCUGCACUCCAUCCUGUCUGCAACACUGCACGCGUGCCCCGAAGUGCUCCUGAAUGAUGAGACGAAACGCAUUUUCCUUGACCUUUUAAACCCCAUGUUUUCAAAGCAAACAAUAGAAUUCAAGAAAAUGUUUAAAAGCACCUCAGAUGGUCUGCAGAUAACACUGGGGUUACUGGCGCUGCAACAUUUUGAAUUAGCAAAUUCAUUAUGCCAUAGUUUAAAGUACAAGCAGAACAAUGCAAGUAGAUUAAUUUUAAGAGUUGUCUUAGAAUGAUUUCUUUCGCAUUAAGUCUGGAUGCAAACUAUGCAGCCCUUAGGUUCCUGGUGUGGUUUGUACGACCUGGCAGACUUAGUUGAGUUUGAAUUCAAAGCCGGUUGAUGCGGAAGGAAAUUUUUUAGCAUGUGUUAAAUUGUGCUUUAAAAGACAUAUAAAAAAUUGGGAAACAUUUCAGGAGACGAUCAUAGCCUGUAUAAAUAUCAGAUUAGAACAUACGGAUUUACCAUGAAGUUCUGUCUUCAACACCCAACACUGUCUAAAGGGCUACUGUCCCAAAUCCUGUGUGUCCCUUCGGCUUGUCUGAUCACCUAAUGGAAGUGGAUACUUGUGAAGUCUACACUGCUGUACUUGGCGUUAAAUCUUGCUGAAUUCAUGGUAAGCUAUUAUCAUUUCUACAUUUUGUAGAAUGAUUUUGGUCUGCAGCAAAAUUUUAUUUCACUUCUCACACCUCUUUCCUUCCACUUGAAACGCAAUUUAGACAGAGGCAUUGUGGUGAAAGUUGCAAUAUUAAGCUUACCUUUAGAAGAUCCCUUCUCAAACUCGGAACCCUAGCAGUGUUACCUUAAAAAUGAGCUAGAGAAAAAAAUAGCUCAGUUACAGAGAAGCAAAUCAAGUUAUUUCCCACAUAAAAAGUUUCCCAGAUUCUAGGAAUUGCAGUAUCUUGUACCCUAAAGUUUUUCCAGGUGACUCCUUUGGUUGUCUGUUGAUAACUUUGAUAAAGGUCAUUUAAGGGCAUAAGGUUUUAAAGACUCCCAAAGUGAGACUUAACCAUUUUCGGGAUUAGUGAUUGCAUAUACCAGUUUAUGUUGUGUGCUGAAUUACUAUGCCAUGUGCUAUUUUAGUGUUUGGGGAAAAUGAAAAAUAAAAUUUGUUCUUUAGCGUAAUAAAUAUGUCUUAUUAAAAAUACAAUGAACUGAAUGACAAUGAAAAUGCAACACAUCAACAUUUGUGGGCAUGUAUAAAGCAGGGCUGAGAGAGAAAUUCAUAGAACUAAAUGCAUAAAUUAGAUGAUGAGAUAAUUAUCAAGCCAAUAAUUUAAGCUCCCACUUGAAGUACAUAGAAAAUAAGAGAAAAAAACCCACUCAAAAUUAGAAGGAAGGAAAUAAUGGCUACAAUAGCAAAAAUCAAUAAAAUUUAAAACAGAAAAACAAUAAAGAAAACCAAUGAAACAAAGAGCUGGUUCUUUAAAAAGAUCUAUAAAAUUCACAAACAUCUAGCAAGAGUGACAAAGCAAAAAGGAGAGAAUUAUAGAUUAUAAAUAUUAGGCAUGAAACAGAAGGUAUCACUAAAGACCUUGUAGAUGUUGAAAGGAUAAUAAAUGAAUACUACAAACAACUCUAAACACAUACAUUUGUCAACUUAAAUGAAAUAGACCACUUUCUUGAAAAGCAUAAACUGCCACAACUUAUCAAUAUAAAACAAAUAAUGCAAAGAGCCCCACAUAAGAUCUCCAGGCUCAGAUGGUUUCACUGGAAAAUUCUGCCCAAAGCUUAAAGAAUAAUAAAUACCAAUUCUAUAUAUCCUCUUCCAGAAA